CAGGGAAGGUCGCGAGUUCGAAUCCAAAGACACCCACGAAAUCAUCUGCAAGUAUACAAGAUCAGAACAUUCCCCAAGUAGUUGUUAAAACUGCUUCCUCAGAAACCAUAGAAGCAAAAUCUGAUAACUGGGAUCCUAAUUACAGAAUUGAAGGAUCAACUCAAUGCUAUUGGAGAUUCUAUUGAAGAUAAAGACCUGGUUAUGCUGGCCAUGAAUGGCCUUCCUCACUCUUGGGAAUCUUUCAUUCAAGGUAUUAGUGGAAGAAUUGAGCUACCCAAGUUUGAUCGAUUGAGAGCAGAUUGCAUUCAAGAGGAAUGCAGAUUGGAGGCAAGAGGAAUUGGUCGAAAAUCUUAUCAUGAAGAAGAUCAUGUUCUUGCUGCACAUACUUCUAGAAGAAAAGGGAGGUAAGGGAACUUCAAAAGGAACAGAGAUAAGAAUUCUGAUUCAGCUCUUGAAUCUAAGAAGAGAAAGGAUCUCUCUAGAUUUCAAUGCUUCAAAUGUGACAAAUUUGGUCACUUUGCUAAAGAAUGUCCUUCAAGACCCAAGCAUCAAGCUGCUGCAGCAAAUGUUGAACAUGCUUCUCCUCUUAGAGAAUCAAGUGAAAAUUUAGAGGGUUUCUUAUUUAUUUCUGCUCUUUCAAGUAAUGUCCCCUUUGAUAGUAUGCUUGGCUGAUUGACAGUGGAGCUUCUCGUCAUAUUAUUGGAUAUUGUGAACAUCUCUCGAAUCUGAUUGAAAGGGAUUCUCACUUGCAUGUUAUCAUUGGUGAUGAUUCUUGUUAUUCUGUGAAAGGAGCUGAUACCACUUGUUUUUAUUUGGAUUUUGGAAUUCCUUUUUAUCUGAGUAAUGUGCUAUUUGUUCCUGGAAUCAAGAGAAAUCUGAUUUCUAUCUCAGCUUUGGAAGAUAAAGGAUAUCAGGUUGCAUUUGUUGAAGGCAAAGUUCUUGCAUGGAAGAAGAACUCGAACAUCAAGAUAGCUCUUGAGAUUGGUGUUCGUCAUGAUAAUCUAUACAAACUUUCAGCUCAUCCUGUUCAUGCCUUAGCUCAUGAUUCAAUGACUUCUAAUGAGUUGUGGCAUAAAAGAUUUGCUCAUCUAAAUUUCAGAACUCUUUCCUCCCUGGAGAAGAUGGUCAUUGGUCUUCUUAAGCUCAAUCAAUAUCAUGAUGGUGUCUGCAAAGGAUGUGCUCUAGAGAGAGAUCCUAAUUUGGAGCCCGAUUCUUUGGAGCAGAGAGAUCCAAAAUAUGAUGUAAUGCUGAAUGAGUUGCUAGGUCGAGUUAAGACUAAAUCAGGCGGGGUGGCAGAAAUGGGUGAGGCUUCUAUUGCCCCAAGAGUUAACAGACCAUUGCCAAAGCUUAGAAAGACUAGUGAUAUUAUUGGUACAGGAAGGGAGAAAAUUCUGGCGCCUGGAAAACUGAAUGUUUCUCAGCUGCGUCAGAUUUUACUGCUUCAUAAAGGCGAGGCAGAAAAUCAAGAGCAACCAAUGGACGCCAAGGAUAUUGCAGAAAAAUUUCAACUUGAUGUUCUUAUUGUUCAAAAGAUUUUACACCAUGUUUCACUUCCAACUGAAUCAUUUGGAGCCGAGGACAAGUCUAACUGACAAGGCUGUGAAUAUCAGCUUUAGCUAGAGUAGUUAAGACUUAUACCAUCUAUACCUUUAAUAUGAAUAUUCGCAUUGAAAAGCUGCUUAAAGUCAUUAAUGCUUUAUUUGUCCCCGAGAUUUUGUAGAGCAUUUUAGUGAAUGGCUUCAUUAUAACAUAUUUGUCUCAGCAAGAGGUUGAGAGGAGAGCACUAGUUUUUGAUUCUGGUAAAUGCUUUGAUCGGAGCACUAGUUAUUUCCAUUUAAUUUAAUUUUUUGUAAUAAAUACCACAAACAAUAUUCCGGUUCAGUCUUUCAGCUACUAGAAGGGUUUGCAACAGCAAUUGAAAGAGGAAAAAUAAUUGUCAGAUGGACGUGUAAUUACUGAUAUUCAAUUGAUCCAGAAACCAGGAGUCUUUCUGCACAGCCAUGUUAAGGUGACUGGAAACUCUA